GGCUCAUUAUAUGCUCAAUUCAAGAUCUAUUUUCUAAUAUAAUAUUAUAAUCUUAACAUCUGCACUUGUAAAGAGUAGUACCACCAAGUAAUCAAGUACCAAAACAGAACUACAGAUGAUGCUUUUGUAGAAGCUUCUCCCUACUUCGCCUGUGUCUGCUUCCAUGACUCCAAUCAUUCUUCUUCUUCUUGCAACUUUUGUUGCUCACCCAUUUUCUCUCCUUGCUCAACCAGCAAAUCCCAUCUCAAGAAUCAGUGUUGUUGGUGUUGUUUAUUGUGAUAGUUGCUCUACUAAUUCUUUCUCUAGACACAGCUACUUCUUGCCAGGUGUUGAUGUUCAUAUACAAUGCACAUUCAAAGCAAAUGCACCUAAAACAGCAGAGCAGAUAAACUUUUCGGUUAAUCGAACAACGGAUAGAUAUGGGAUAUACAAUCUGGAAAUACCAAAAAUUGAAGGAGUUGAUUGUGUGGAUGGUUCAGCAAUCCAAUCUUUAUGCCAGGCAAGUUUAAUAAAGAGUUCAUCUUCAGCCUGUAAUGUUCCUGGAUUAAAGACUACAACUAAUGAGAUAUCUGUCAAGUCGAAGCAAGAUACUCACUGCAUUUACAGCUUGAAUGCAUUGAGUUACAAGCCAGCCAAAAGAAAUGAUACCUUGUGUGGAAAUCGCAAACAGGGAACUGAGUUGCCAAGUUCCUUAAAUUCUUCAAAGUUUUUUCUCCCUUACUUUCCUCCAUAUGGUUUCCCUUGGCCUACUUUGCCUCCAUUACCUUUCCCUCCUUUACCACCAUAUCCAACACUACCUUUCCCUCCCUUGCCACCAUAUCCAACACUACCCUUUCCUCCCUUGCCACCACUUCCUUCUUUGCCCUUUCCAUUCCCUCCUCUGCCACCCAUUCCACCAACUCCUCCUCUUUUCCAGCCACCUCCUCCACCAGCUUUUAACCUGGGAGAUCCAAGAACUUGGAUACCUCAUAUUCCUUCAUUUUCACCUCCUCCGCCACCUGCUUUUAAUCUAGGAGACCCCAGAACCUGGAUACCUCAUAUUCCUUCAUUUUCACCUCCUCCACCACCUGCUGUUAAUUUAAGAGACCCCAGAACUUGGAUACCUUAUCUCCCUCCAUCCCCUCCCAAUUGGCCUCGGAAUCAAAAUCCAUAAAUAGAUUGCCCCAUCUAUCAUUUCAAAACGAUUUAUGUUUAAUAUGUGAUAGUUCAUAAUUACAUGAGCUUGUGUAUGUGAUGAAAAACAGAAAAAUAUAGAAAUAUAAAUGUCUUCCCUUAAUAAGAUCAUUAAA